AUUAUGAGAAGCCUACUAUGCUUAUAUGUUUCUUCUUCCUCUUCACGAUUGCGACGGCCGACGAAAUUUUCAGAACUAAAGCGCCUUUCCAUCUCUCCAGUAACGUCUCAACCUUUCUUUAAUCCGUUCUUAACUCCUCCGAGUUUUAACGUGAUUAGCCCACUCCUCCCACUGAGAAGCAUUCAAUCGACCCCUUCGUAUCCCCGUAACUGGCUGAAUCUUCGGAUAUAAAUCUUUACUCUCAAGGAUGGACAUCACAAGUCAAACGAUAUCCUGAUGAAAAGCCACGCUUAUGCAAGGAUCUGUUUCUGUGCUUCGACAACUCAGGUUACGAGAACGUCUCACCUAAGGCUCUGUCUACAGGCUAAGCGGAUUCGAUGUGACACGCAGCAACCCCAAAUUUGGUUAUCGGAUGUGCCCCUCUCCAUACGGUUCAAUGAAAGAACUUCUUUUGAAAAGCUACCAACGACCGUUAGGACCAUACCUACGGAAAUGUUCCGAUUCCGACCAUACGACCAGUUAGUUGAGCUAGCUAACACCGGCAAACAACUCCCUGACAAAAUGGGGGAGCUUAGUGCAAUUAGGAGCACAAUAACCGACCGUAUACCAAAGGCACAACGUGUAAUGCUAACUUUGUGUCUUGAAAGGGAUGCAAACUUUUGUGUAAGAUUGUUUGACUCUUUGGCUCUUGCAUUCCAUAGCAAAUUCGAUAGCUAUGGGAGAGAGCCAAGAAUUAUUCUUGUCACCAGUGUCAAUCCUAAAAUAGUUGCGGCAGGAAGGUGCACAUGUUCCUCAACCAGCGGUUCCUGAAGCUGUGGCACUGGGAUCAGAUGCCAGCAAUGCAAUAACUUGCAAUGUUGCAGACCAAGCCACUACAGCUGAUGAUUCACUUCCCGGACGUUUACCAAGAGAGAAAGAACAAGUUCCUCUGGAAGAGAAUGCCCCGAAGAAAGCACGUGUGGAAUGAGUCCUUGUUGGAACCUAAACAACCACGAUUUGUCAGAUUUCUCUUUUUUUUUCAAAAAAACACAAUAAUGUGUCUGUUGUUAUUUGUUUUAUCAAUGUAAAUCUUUUUACCAGUAAACAUCCACAUGUCUUUG